AUGUUUCGACCGCCACCCUUUCGAUGCCCGCCGCCCCGCUCGAGCGUGCUGCUACACCUUCGCGCCCGCCCAUCGCCAUCCCUGGUCGCUGCCACGCGGCACGCCGAGGCCUACACACCCGCUCCCAGCCGCACCGUCCCGAGGCUAGCACGCCUCGCAUCCACCGUCUCCACCCCUCCGGCCGCAGCCGCCCGUGGCCCAUCACCUGCACCACCUGCGGAACAGAACAAGCCCAAGCGCGCGCCACCGAGAAAGAGGCGCAUCGGGACCACGUUACUCCUCCUCUCCAUCGCCACCGGCGUGGGCUACAUCAUCGACGAGCACUUCAACGCGCGCACCGCACAGCGCAACCUCCUCACCGCCUGGACCGGCAUCCAGAUCGCACUCGACUACAAAUUCAACUUCGACAAGGACAGCCUCGAAAGCAUCACGGCGCUCCACGAGCGCUGCGCGGAUCGGCUCCUGUUUGUCUGCGAGAAGAACCAGGGACUCUACGUCAAGCUCGGCCAGGCCAUCGGCGUCCAGGCCGCCAUCCUGCCGAAGCCGUACCAGCGCCUCUCGAAGCUGCUCGACAACGCCGAGCGCCUGCCCUACGAAGAGGUGCGCAAGGUGCUCGUGGCAGAGCUCGGAGCUGAGCCCGAAGACGUAUUCGCCGCAUUCGACAAGACGCCCGUCGCCGCCGCCUCGGUCGCGCAGGUGCACCGCGCGCGCCUCAAGCCGCCACCCGGUUCGCCCGAGGGCACCCUGGGUCCCGAGGUGGCCGUCAAGGUGCAGCGCCCCAACAUCCGCAAGUACGCAAAGUGGGACCUCUGGAGCUUCCGCAUCCUCCUCUUGCUCUACGAGCGCAUCUUUGAGCUGCCCCUCAGCUUUGCCGGGCAGUACAUCAGCGACCAGAUCGAGCAAGAGACCCUGUUCAAGCACGAGCUCGAAAACUCGCUGAGGGCCAAAAGGGCUAUUGAGACGGAUCCGGAAAAGAUUGUGCGCAAGACGUGCUACGUCCCAAAGAUGUACGAGGACUUCUGUACGCAGCGGGUCCUGGUGAUGGAGUGGAUCGAUGGCGCGUGCCGCAUGACGGACCGGCCACGGCUCGAGGACGAGAUGGGCCUCAACGUCAAGGCCGUCUCGAGGAGCGUGUGUGAGGCCUUCUCGUCGCAGAUCUUCCAGCACGGCUUCGUACAGGCCGACGGGCAUCCCUCCAACGUGCUGGUCCGCAAGCACCCGAACGGCAAGCGCGGCCAGCACCAGAUUGUGCUCAUCGACCACGGCCUCUACGUCGAGCUGAGCGAAGACUUCCGCAGAAAGUACGCGCAGCUCUGGAAGGCCAUCUUCACCUUUGACCUGCACACGCUCGACGACAUCACCCGCAGCUGGGGUAUGGGCGAGGACGCGUCCGAGCUGUUUGCCUCGGCCACCCUGCUUCGACCUUGGAGCAAGCCCAAGAAAAAGGGAGAUGGGGAGCACAAGGGCGCCCACGCCCACAAGAGCGACCUCGAACUGCAGAGGGAGAUGAAGGAGAGGCUCAAGAACUUCCUGGUCCACGUCGAGCUGCUACCCAAGGAGCUCAUCUUUGUGGGUCGAUCGAUGCGCAUCCUCCAAGCCUCGAACCAGAUGCUCGGAUCGCCCGUCAACCGACUCAACAUUAUGGCCAAGCACGCCUCCUCGGCCCUCAUAUCGCCCUACACCCCCUCGCUCUUCCGCGUCUUUUUCCCACUCCACCACCCCACGACGAGGGCCCCGACUGAAGCCGGCUUGGCAAAGAGGAUGGCGGAAUGGCUGCGCGACCGCGUCGAGUUUGUCAAGUUCCGCUCUACCCUCCUCGUCCUCGACCUCGCAUUCUGGGCCAGCGGACUCAGGUACUGGAUCAAAUUCCUCGUCAGACACCCCAUCAAGGCCGUCUCUGGUUCCCGCGACGACGAGGAAGGAGGCUUCGAAGAUGACCUCGAGCGCCAGAUGCGCAAGAUGGCCAAGGACGAGUUUGGCGUCGAGCUCGACGAGGGCGCCUUUAUCGGCUAG